AUGAUCUAUGAGCCCAACCGAGAACUCAGCAAUGCGCAACGACAAAAAGCUGAGGUCCGAUACAAAUCAACAGCCGAUGACAUUGACACAGUUACAGUCCAAGAAGAGCGAAGGCGCCGUAUCGCCCAGGCCCAGGACGAGGAGCUGAGGUGGUCGAACCUGAAAACUGUCCUGAUAGGCGAAACCACCGUGAUGUUGAGACUCGUGGUGUCAACCACAAUGAUCCAAGAAGUGCUACACAACUGUCAUGAUUCCAUUGAAGGAGGACACCAAGGUGUCGUCCGCUCUUAUCAUAGAGUAAAACACGACUACUACUGA